GCCGGUCAAGACAAAAACAAAAACAAACAGGGAGAAAAGUCAAGUCACGACACAACAAAAUCAAUUUGAUUAAAUUUGAUUCGAAUCAGAGCAGCGGCAAAUGGAAAAGCGUGUUACUGUGCUGAUGCCAAACGGGCGUCGUCAGAAUGUGUCUGUGUCGGCCAAUAUGACGUUGUUGGAGAUCCUGGAGACUUCCUGCAAAAAGCAUGGUUUCGACAGCGAGGAGCACUGCCUAAAGUUUCACAACAAGCCCGUCAGUCUAACACAGCAAUUCCGUUUCAGCGGCUUGCCAAACAACUGUGUGCUGGAAAUGGAGCCCACGGAAAGGCGUCGUCCAGCUACCAAUGUCGUUGUCUGCAUACAACUGGUUGAUGGAUCGAGGGAGCAGGGCGAGUUUGCUCCCAGCGCAACGGUUUGGGAGGUAGUGCAACAGCUCCAUUCCUCGAAUGUAAGAAAUUACGAUAGUCCAGUGAUUAUUUACAUGCGUAGUGAGGUAAUUGGCAAGAAUAACAUGGAGCAGACGACCUUAAAAUCGCUGGGCAUACUUGAAGGUCGAGCCAUGAUGAGAUUGAUUGACAAAAAACCGGAAGAUCUGAAAAAGCAGGCGAAUGUAUACAAGCCGCAUGAGACCAAAGCGAAGUCAAGGGAUGAAGAUGACCAACCUAGCACUUCACGGUCUGCCAUGGGAUCUAAUGGUGGGGCCAGUAGCGGAGGUGGCGGUGGUUUCGCUCUAACAAGCAAUAUGCUUAAAUCAUUAAAGCGUAAAGAUCCAGAGGACAGUAAAGAGGAUGAAAAAUCUUCCAGUAAUCAGCCUGAGGCCAAGGCUGUGGUCACGGAACCCGAACCACGCAAGUACGAUUGGGGCAGUGGCUCCGGGUAUUUAAUGCAACAUCAAUCGAAUCAAAUGCAGCUUGACGAUCCUGACGAGAGCCCUGAAGAAGUUCCACCAGUUGUCAAUGUAAUUGGGCCACGCCAUGCAAUCCUCUUUUCCUUGGAUGAUACUAAAAAGCCAGAAAAUGAAUUACCUGAUUCCUUUUUCGACCUCACUGUUCAUGACCUGAAAAUGGUGCUGCGAGACCUGAAGCGCACCUCGACGGGCGAUGAAGAUGCUCCCCUUCUGACGGCAAAGUUGAGGGAGCUGGAACGUCAGAAAACCAUGCUAAGCAAGCUAAACCAAUACAAGGAUUGUGUGCUUCGUAUUCAGUUUCCUGAUCGCUAUGUACUACAAGGGAUUUUCAAGCCCCACGAAUCACUUGCCAAAGUGGAAGAGUUUGUGCGAGAAUUUCUGGCCAAUACCACUGAGGAAUUUCAUUUAUUUACCAUUCCGCCAAAGAAGAUUUUGCCAAGCAAUGAAACUCUUCUAGAGCUGAAUUUGGUACCGAAUGCUGUUGUCCACUUUGGUUAUCUUACGGAUAGUCUUAAUGCGGAAAAUCAUCGUUUCGUACAAGAGAAGUUUAUCAAGGAGCUGACAUCAGAGGAGGGAGCACAUUAUGCAGUGCAAAAGUAUCGCCUCACCCGAGGGGUCACUGUCGGAGCUAGUUAAUAGUAAAUAAGUUGGAAUGGAAUUAAGUGAACAGUCUGCGUGAUAUUAAAUGAAUCCGCUUUAUUUCUAUA